AUGAUCUUUGACGAGAGUAACCAUCAGCAACGCCAUUGCGCCUGUGGCUGCGGAAAUCAUUGCGGUGCAUGUUCUUUAGCUGCCCAUAUUUUACUUAACGAAAUUAAUGUUGAUUUUGAUCUAGAACGUGUUGAUUUAAAAACGCAUAAAACAGAAAAGGGCGCAGAUUAUUACGAAAUCAAUCCAAAAGGCUAUGUACCCGCAUUAGAAAUCAAUCCGGGUUUACUUUUAACUGAAAAUGUUGCAGUACUGCCUUUUAUUGCACAACACGAUCCUAAACAGGAUUUGAUCCCACCAUCAGGUUUGGGACGUGCUAAAGUUUUAGAAUGGUUGGGUUAUUUAAACUCAGAGUUGCAUGAUGAAUACGCCGUCUUCUUUGACCCAGCGAUCACUGAAGAUGAAAAAGUACGUGGCUAUGCAACCAUAGAUAAAAUGUUGAAAUAUAUAGAUGACUAUCUUGCAGAGUCUGAAUACGAUUAUUUGGUCAAUGACCGCUUUGGUCCUGCUGAUGCCUACUUGUUUGUACUGACAAAUUGGUCGAAUUCAAUUCAUCAUGAUCUAACCCCAUUUACCAAUAUUGUGGCAUUACGCAAUAAAGUCGCUGAACGUCAAUCUGUACAGAUUGCAAUGCGUGAUGAAGGUUUAAUUCCUUAA